UUCUCACUGCCGAACGGGAGCAGACCUCAACUUAUUACCGCCAAAAAUGAUGUCAAAGACAGUCUUUCUUUUCAUUUUAUUUGGAGCUGCAUCUUCCAAACUGCGAUUUACACGAAUAUGUGAUCCAGUGCCAGUAAUCCAAGUAGAGCCAACAGAUUGCUCAAACUAUGAAAACACUGUUGACCUUGAUACACGCCUGGAAAAACUGGAAAAAGAAGUCAGCCGCACAAAGUCAGAUCUGGAAAACAAGGCAACUGAGAUUUCCACGCUGCAGGAGGCAGUUCAGAGGCUGUCCACGUACAACACCGAGAUCCAAAAGAGACUCAACUCAACUGAGCAACAACUGCAGAACACAAUUGGAAAUGCUAAAGAUAAUGUGGCGUUUUCUGCAACGCUAAUUGAUCCUUACAGUCAAACUCAAAGAACCGAUCUGAUCUUCAGCAAAGUCGUGACAAAUGUUGGCAAUGCUUUCAGCCUCAAAACAGGAAUCUUCGUUGCUCCGGUGGAGGGAGUCUACCAUUUUUUCUUCAUGGUAACCGGCAACAACAACAUCAAUUUAAGAGCCAGCCUGGCGAAGAAUGGGUUUUGCAUAUACUGGACAAUCCUACCAGCUGAUCACGACUCGACCAACUGGGCAGUGAACCUUGAACUCAAUAAAGGAGACAGGGUCAAUGUGAGGCUGUGGCCGCAAGGUGUUGUGUCCUCAGCUGUCUUUAGUGGUUUUCGCAUAUAACCAGUUGUGGCAAAAAACAACAACAAAUCAUAAUCAUACAACUGUGGGCUGUUGAUGAGGUUUAACUUGAAAUCCAAAUUAACUGUAAAAGCCUUAUUUUAAAAAAGGUAAUCCAAACUCUUUGAAACUUUAUAAAUUUAGGCUAAAUGUGAAUAAGAUUUUGGUACAUAUAUUUAAAACUCGAAACCAAAUUAGUCACGGCUAAUGUAAGACAUUGUUCAGUCACUGUCAGAGCCAACGACUCUUUAAUUAAUACAUCUUAAAGUUUUUAUGUACGUUUUCUAACUGGCUAGCUAGCUGGCUAGCUGCAGCAAAUAGCUAUCCAAUUAUUUGAACAGAACGUAAAUCUAAAUUUCUUUUUUUUUUUUUCAAAAACUCAUUCAUUAAGUCUAAAAGUCACAAAAAUUGGAGGGGGGGGGGGGUCAAAAACGGGGGAUUUGAGCUAAUAAUUUGAAACACAUGAACUGAACAAAUCCUUAUGUUUUAGAAGAUGAACCCAGUUAAAUAUUCACAUUUUUCCUUCAUAAACAUUGCAAAUGAUUGUAUUUCAAAAUCAGUUUUAUGUCAAUCAGCUAAUCAGUUAAUCAACUGCAGUUCAGCAGAUGGAUGCUAUCUUUUAUGAUUGUGUUUUUGUGUAUUUUUAUGCUGGGAUGAUUCAAAGUUAAUUGUCAGUAACACUUACAUAAAGGUAAAUACAUUUAUGGUCUUGUGUUGUUUUCUAUCAUUUGUAAUAAACUAAAUUAUUUCUCAAAUCUGCUUACAAAAUGUUGAUGUGGAUUCACAAAUAAAACU